CUACCGUUACCGUAGAGCGAGGAGGGGCGUGGGCGCGUUCCCUAUCUGUGUGUAGAAAAACAAGCGCAUGCGCUUCACUAGACCCGAGACGGCGGCGGUCAGAGCGCAGCGGCUGCAGAUUUUUCCCGUCAGAUGGGGGAGGAGAGGCGGUCAGGAGGCAGAAGGGACAGCGGGAGAUGGGAACAUUCUAAUCCAACGGGAUGUGGACUCAUGGAUUGAAUUAACGCACAAAAUCACGGAGAUUCUCGCCUGACAACACAACAUCCACCGUAUUCCGCCUGAAAGCGCAGCUCGGCAAUGGCUGUUGGGAAGUGAAUUACGGGUGCGCAUCCAUCUGGAGUGAUGCGCGCUACCGGACCCAUCCGUCAGAGUUGUUGUCUCUCCGGGCUCAGGGUUCGUUAUCGGUACCGUCGUUCUCCUCUCGCCGGUGCGGAGCUCAUAUAAUGGAGAGCCCCAAUGGCUCCGACACCAAACCGCAGAGCCAUCAUCCUCAUCCUCAGGUGGAAAAGAAGAGGUUAAACCGCGCACCGUCCCCUGCCAGACCCGUUCUAAAGGAUGUCCACUCCCGGUCGGCCAAGCAAAUCGUGCCAAAAUCACCCAAAUUCAGCAAGCAGCACGCGACCGCGGCGUCGGUAACGUCUCAAAGCCGCGUCCCGAGACGCGCCGCCCCGGGCGCGAAGGACAAACCAGCACCUGCCAAAAGCAACAUCAAGCCCUCGGCAGCAAAAAAGGCAGUUAAGGUCACUCAACAUGCAGCAUCCGAACCGAAACCGGCCUGCAAGGUGGACACCGCUCCGCAGAUCGCCAAAAGCAAAGGAAGGCUGGCUCCGCUUUCUCACGGCGCCGCCGGGUCCCCGAUACGCGUCCCCACCGGGCGGGUUUGCCAGACGGACAGCAGCUCGGAUUUGUCCGAUUGUCCGUCCGAGCCGCUGUCCGACGACCAGAGACUCGUUCAGGCCGCCAGUAGCGAUGCGGAGUCGGCCAGCGGCUCGGGGUCGAGCGAGCGCGCGGAACAGGUGGCAGGGGUGCGGAUGUGCACGGCGGCCGCGGGGAUGUGUCAGGCUUCACCUGUGUCAGGUAAAACCGCGAAAUCAGCACAACUCAAAGCGGAAGGGAAGGACAUGAUCCACGAGGACUUGUCAAGGGAAAUCGAAGAGCUCCGUUCGGAAAAUGACUACCUCAAGGAUGAAGUGGACGAGUUGCGUGCGGAGAUGGAAGAAAUCAGAGACAACUACCUGGAGGAGGAAGUGUACCAGCUCCAGGAACUCCGCCGGGAACUGGACCGUUCCAACAAGAACUGCCGGAUCCUUCAGUAUCGCAUGCGCAAGGCUGAGCAGAAGAGCUUGCGUGCAGCUCAGACCGGACACGUUGAUGGAGAGCUUCUCCGCGGUCUGGAGCAGGACCUGAAGGUGGCCAAAGAUGUAUCUGUGCGUCUGCACAACGAACUGGAGACGGUGGAGGACAAGCGCACACGGGCCGAGGAUGAAAACGAGACGCUCAGGCAGAAAAUCAUCGAGGUGGAGAUCUCCAAACAGGCCCUGCAGAACGAAUUCGAGAGAGCCAAAGAGACUGCUCUGCGCAGACGGGGGAGCAGAGAAACAUUCAAAGACAAGAAAUCUUUAUCUCAGGAGGACAGUGCAGACCUGCGGUGUCAGCUUCAGUUUGCCAAGGAGGAAUCAGCCCUCAUGCGUAAAAAGAUGGCAAAAGUAGGCCGUGAGAAGGAUGAACUGGAACAAGAGUUGCAGAAGUAUAAAUCCGUAUAUGGAGACGUGGACAGCCCUUUACCCCUGACGGAGGUGAUGGGCGGAGGCCCCCACACCACCCGCGAGGCCGAGUUACGCUUGCGUCUCAAACUGGUAGAGGAGGAAGCCAACAUCCUGGGCAGAAAAAUCGUAGAGCUGGAGGUGGAAAACCGCGGCCUCAGGGCGGAAAACGAGGACUUGCGCUGCCAGUACGAGAAGGACUGCUUCGGACGGGAACCCUUCUCGAGCGUUCCCACCUCUCCGUACGGUGGAGACGCGCUGGAAUCUGCAAGCGAACUGCGGCGGCACCUGCAGUUUGUGGAAGAGGAGGCAGAGCUUUUGCGUCGAUCCAUCUCUGAGAUCGAAGACCACAACAGGCAACUGACAUCCGAACUUAACCGCUUUAAAUUCGGGCCCAGUCAGAGUGACAGGGAGUCUGAGGAGGCCGACGGUGGAAGUGUUGGGAUGCCAAAACCAACCAACGGUAGCGGAGGUAACGGAUUCACGGGUGCGGGGAGCGCCGCCCUACAGGAGGAGCUGAAAGCCUCCAGACUCCAAGUGAACGAACUGAGCGGGAAGGUCAUGAAGCUACAGUAUGAGAACCGGGUGCUAAUCUCAAAUAUGCAACGGUGCGACCUGGCGGCACACCUGGGCGUGCGCACUGGCAGCCCUCACGAAAGCGACGUGGACGCUGACACCGGGCGAAGAGAACCAGACGAAGAGGAGACGGCCAGGCUGUUGUUACUGCACCCCAAACGGGAGGGUCCUGUCGGCGGUGAGAGCGACUCCGAUGACCUCUUUGAGAAGACCGCGACCUCUGGAUUCGCAAGCGGCGACAAACCCUCCGAGUUGGCCCAGCGGAGACGAGAAGACCGAGAGAUGCUCAACAACGUCAGACACGAAGCGGAGCGACUCACGAAAACGGUGGAGCGGCUCAUCGUGGACACGGAGAGUCUGAUCCGCGAGGGACGUCUGGUGAUCGUGGGAGCGGAAGGUUCCGAUACUGAAUCCAAUCCCAGCACUCCGGUGCUGGAUACCAUCAACACCUGCAUGAGGACUUUACGGACGGAUCUCCAGAUGUUCAUGGAUAAAGUGGACCACCUCGGGGAUGGAUUACGAGACCGCACGGACGACCUCUCCCCCAUGCCCAACCUCACCGAAUCAAGCAGCUUCCUUUCCACGGUCACUUCCAUGUCGAGAGACUCGCCCAUCGGGACAGUGGGAAGAGAUCUGAUGUCGGACCUUCAGUACUGGAGAAAGGAUGAGCAGGACUGGUGCCUAGACCGGCAGAGUGGCCCGGAGCCCCAGGGGCAGGUCAGCGCUAAGGGCUGUGCCACACCCAGGGCGGUCCCUGGACUCACUAGAUACAUCAGACCCCACAGUUUCAGACCCGAGUUUCGUGACCCGGUCCUGUCUGAGGUGGGAACCCCUGCCAGAGAGAUGCAGCUACGCCUGGACCAUGAGAGGAGGCUGAGAUGUGGACCGGAAGAGAGAGAGAGCAUCACAUCCACAUCCAUCACUCAGGAUGAGGAGAGAUGGCGUUCAGAGGCACGUCGUGGUCUCGAGCUGCAGGGGCUUCAGUCUCAUGAGCCGGCGUGGCCGCAGGAAAGAGUUCUGCUGCAGCAGGAAGUCCGCUGCUUCCGCCACAACAUCGUCAUCGUCUACAUGAAACUGCGAUGGAUCCUUAUGCACUGGAGACUCGGACGCAAGACAGAUGCCACAGAGGAGAGCGCACACGCGGAGUACGAGAGGUUGGAGAACAUUCCAGAACUGAGUGUUGUGAUCGAGCAGGCUGACAGCGAGAUGGAGAGAGAGGACCGAGUGUAUGCCCACAUCACAGGAAGUGACAUCAUAGAGCCCGGUCCACUCUUGCUUUCUCCUGAGAGAAUCCAGUACCAGAAACAGGCGAGUGACAGUAGGCGGGUGAUGCACGCCCUGCGUUCGCUGCUGGAGGAGUUCAGGGCGGAGCUACGUGAGGAGGCGCAGCGGCGCUGGCAGCUGCAGCAGACGUUAGCCAACGAGAGAGCAGCGUGGGAGAUACAGAGGGCUGAAAUGAGGAGCCAUGUCGCCAAGGAGGUGAGCGGUGAGUCUGCAGGUGCAGGCGCAGCAGAUGCGCUGCAGCAGGAGCGAGAGGAACAGCGCCGUCUGUUGGCAGACAGUCAUAGUCUUGCACUGGAGCUGCGCUGGAAACUGCAGCACGGGGAGAAGCGCUGGACCCGUGAGCGCAACGACCUGUUGGAGCGGUUCGAGAAAGAGAGGCAGGAAUGGGACCACAGCUUACGGGAGAUGCACGGCAAGAUGGAGAAGAUGCAGAAAGAUCUGUGUCGUUCUGAAGGAGCUCAGCCGUCAGAAGGAGGCCCAUCGCACGUCUUUUCUCCUCAGGAGAGCCCCUCUAAGCUUCACAGAUCUCCGCGUUCAUCCUGCACGGCCGUGCACACGCGUUCACACUCCGACUCCGAGGCCACACUGGAGGAGAAGGGAGCGGUGAGCAGACUCAGACCCUGUGAGGGACCUCGGCCUCCGGAGAGUCUGUUCCUGGACGCGCUCUCUCUGGACCCGCUGAAUGAGAUGGAGGUUCCUCCUCCGUCACGUCUGGAGAUGGAGAAACGCUUCCCCUGCAUGAAAGAAGCGCUGAAUGAGAUUUGUGAGACUGUAGAAUCUGAGUUUUAUCCGGAAGAGGAAGAGGAGGAGACGGGAGGUGGCAGUCUGCUCAGGGCAAAGUCAGUUUGCUCCAUGAGCGACUUCCAGCGAUUGAUGGACAGCUCCCCCUUCCUCCCAGACAAGAGCAAGUCUGGCGAUCACGAUCGUGAUGACGUGACUCCUCCCCUUUCACCAGAUGACCUCAAGUACAUCGAAGAGUUCAACAGCAAGGGCUGGGAUCUGCCCCCGAGCUCCCUGACCACCUGCCCCAUUCCCGGUCCAGUAAUACCCCCUCAGGUGAUAGAGGCCUGGACGGAGAGGGCAGAAUCCCGAAGGGCUGAAGGGUCCACUUCCGAAGCAUUCCAGCCAGCCUCCUGGUACCUGACCACCAGUGCAACCUUGACCACCAACACCACAAGUAGUCCCGAGUACUGCCAAAGGCUCUCACUCAGGGCGGCCCAGGAGGCCGAGCAGUUUGGCGUUCACAUCCUCCACCGAGGGGAGCGGCCCGCUCCGGUUCCCCCUGAGCAAGAGUACGUGUUCUCCAAAGUCAUGCCGGGGGAGGUCGUAGGAGGUGCGGAGGAGGUGUUCGGAGGCAGGUGGCCGUGUGAGUUGAGGGGUCAUUUAGAGACGGGACUCAGGCCCGGAGAACAUCCGCCGCUUUGCACAGCUGUAGGGUACACCUCAUCUCUAGAGCUGGAGAUGUUACGCAACCUGAGCGACGACAUGAAGGAAAAGGCAUUUUCCGCCCGCAACGGCAUCCGAUCCUCCGGAUCCAGCCCUCAGGAACGGCAGCUUCGCGAUGCGGCAUCUCAAACGAACGGCUUAACCACGCGGGGGACGCAGACCACCCAGACCAUCAGCGUGGGGCUUCAAACCGACACUCUCCGCGCCCUCACCAGCAGCCCACACCGAUGUCUCACGCCCAAAGGAGGCUCCACCCCCAUCUCCUCCCCGUCCCGCAGCCUCAGAAAGAUGCAGUACUCUCCCGUCGUGCAGGCCAAGUUCGAACGCCCCUGCUGUUCGCCUAAAUACGGCUCGCCCAAGCUCCAACGCAAACCCUCUUCCACCAACUCCGUCAAAACCGAACAAACCGCUGGCCAAGCUCGCGCUCCCACCCCGACGACUCCGCCACAAAAGGGCAACAGCGAAUCGGCUUGGGCUCGCUCCACAACGACCAGAGACAGUCCCGUUCACACCACCAUCAACGACGGCCUCUCCAGCCUCUUCAACAUCAUCGACCACACACCCGUCGCUUACGACCCCGUGCAGAAGUUCAACAAAUCCCCCAGCCGCUCUCGGCCCGCCGAGGCGGGUGCUCAGGGGUCCACGGACCCCAAAUGUUCCAGAAGCUCUCGGGGCCGGUCCCCGAGUCCUGUGCAGCUGAUCGUGGAAACGCAGGGUGAGAAGACCCCGGAGGUGAUUUGCAUCAGACAGGACCUGUCCGCUCCUCCCGGAUACACGAUAGCAGAGAACGCCGCGCGGAUUUUGAAUAAGAAACUGCUGGAGCAGAGCUUCAGAGAGGAAAGGAGACUGUGCGCCUCAAAUCCAGCCGCACAGAACAGAGGUGACACUGAGAAAGGCGGAUGUCUUGAGGACCUGCCACGUUCCCCAGUGGCCCCGCCUCUGGACUCCUGCUUCCUGCGGCCGGCUCGUCCCGCCAACCGACGACCACCAUCCCGCUGGGCUGCCCACUCCCCAUCAUCCUCUCCCAACUACAAAGACCGAGUGAAGUUCCGCUUCCCAUCGCCCGUCAGACCGGUUCAGACCAUCCCGGAGACAGAGGAACAGGAGGUCUAAGUCCUGCGUGAAGCAGUCUACAUUACACCCCUCUCUACUUUUUCACCCUAAGUUUCUUUGUUUUUUGGACCGUCUCAUCUUCUCUGGGAUGGUGUGAUGUAGAGUUUAAAGCUCAGGGUUCAUAAGCAGAACUCUGGAGUGAGUCAUAAGCAGCACACUUCACUCCAGAUUGUCCUGUUAGGAAUGGAAUACUAGCGUACUGUAUACUGCAUACUAUCUACAAAUACUACAAAUAGUAUGUGAACCAGUAUUAUUAAUGCAGCGGUUGCCAGUACACUUUACAAACAAUAAUACGGUGCAUUGUUACAUGACCUUAGUGUGACUACAUCUACAUUCAUCCGGAUACAUUUAAAUACAGUGUUUUUGUUUUAAAAUGCUCUAGCGUUUUCAAGAGCUUCACAGUAAUAUAAGUAUUACAUAUAAAUAGGGCUGGGUAAAAAAUAUUGAUUCUUCGAUUUUAAUCAAUCUUCAAUUUAAUGAAACAAUAUCUUUCGGGAAAUGCCCAAAUCGAUUCUUAAUGCUCCUGCUUUAUUUCAAUGAUGUGAAUGUCUGUAUUUUACCUCUUGUCCUGAAGAUGUCACCAUCACUCACGCUAAUAUUGAAUGUUGAAAUCUGUUUUAUUUUUAUAAACAUGUUUGUUUGCAUAACAUGUUGUUAUGAAUUUAACCGUUAAAAUAAAAAGUAAAAAUACAAAUGUUUGGUUACCCAAGGUCAAAAUAAGAAGUGCACUACCGGUCAAAAGUCUUUGAACACUUACUCACUUAUUGAUAUUUUUCCACAUUGUAGAAAAAUAGUAAGCUCAUCGAAACUAUAUAAUAACACAAAGGGAACUGAUUAUAUUUUGACAAAAAAUCUAUACAAAAAAGAUAAAAGCGUCUUUAAUGUAGUCAUCCUUUGCCUAAAAUUUGCAGAAAUGUUCUCUAUCAUUUUCUCAAGCAGCUUCUUGGUGUUUCACCGCAAGAUGCUUUUAAACAAUAUUAGAGGAGUUCCCAUCUAUUCUGUGCUCUUAUUGGCUGCUCUUUUUUCAUUAUUUAGUCAAAGUUAUCCAUUUCAAAGUCAUUUUUCAUUAAAUACAAUUUUAUUAGUUUAUAAUGAACAAAGUUUAUAUUUAUAAAUAAAUAUUUAUAUCAUGUUUUUUAUUGUGCAUUCCAAUUAAUAUCAAUCAAACUGCAGUUGGUUUGCUUUGAUUUAAGCCAUAAUAACUCCAAAAAAUAUAUACAGCUAACUAACACAAUAAACAUAAUUAAAAACAUGAUUUUUGACAGAUUAUCUCAUUUUGGAAACAAGCUCUUCAUUUGCACAAUUAUAUUUUUGUCUAGAAAACUAAUUUCAGACAUUUAAGCAUAUCCUUAAAAUCAAAACCUUUUUAAUAUAAUGACAAUCAUUUCACUGGAGUGUUCAAAAACUUUUGACCGGUAGUGUAUUUCCAAACAAUUGUGUGGUCUUUACUGUUAAUGUGAAUGUGUAUUUACAUUUACAUUAAGUCAUUUAGACGCUUUUAUCCAAAGCGACUUAAAGAGAGUUCAGGGAGCAAUAAAGCGAUGUGUCUACAGGAGCAAUAAUACAGUAAGUGCUAAUACCAAGUUAAUAGUUUCCAUACCCGUUGAGAGAAAGAGAAAGAGGGUUAGUUUUUUCAUCAUCAAAUAUUUCAAGUAUUUCACUGAUAUUGCUAAGUAGGAGGGUUUCAGUUACCAGCAUAUAUAUAAAUAUGGAUUCCAUGUUUGCAAAACUAGCAUUUUAAUCUUAAGUACUGAUAACCAGUGUUGGGUAAAUUACUCUGAAAAAAUUAUUAAUUACUAGUUACUAAUCACAUGUUCAAUGGUGUAAUUAGAUUACUUUUCAAAUUACUCUGUCCAAAAUGUAUUUAAUUACUACUAAUUAAUAAUGACUAAUUAUUACUAAUUACUUUCUAUAUCCUACAUCAACCUUGAUUAGAAUUGAUUCAAGUAUAGACAUGAAACGGCUUAUUUCAUUCAUUCAAAUAAAUAACAAAUAACUACAUAAAUGAUUCUUAUUAACUGACCAAAGUAUACAAAUGUGAGAAGGAUACAUUAAGGCAUACAUUUUAAAGUUAGACUUAUAAUUUUGAUGUCAUUUCCACUAUUGAAUAAAUUACACAGUAUUUAGUUCAAAAUUACAUCAGAAGUAACUGUAAUUAAAUUAUAGAAAAAAAUAAGAGUAAUCCCUUACUUUACUUUUUCAAGGGAAAGUAAUUAAAUUACAGUAACUAAUUACUUAGUAACUAGUUACACCCAACACUGCUGAUAACAAAUCGAUAAUGAAUCGAAUCGAAAUUUAAUCGAAACGAAACCAUAUAAAUAAGAAUCUAAUCGAAAUGCAAAUUUGGUUGCAAAACCAAGCCCUAUGUAUAAAGUAUAAAAAAGAAAGUAAUGCAUUUGCUUUGCUUGAGGCUUAAUUGGUCACAUGACUAAAAUGUGUCAUCAUUUUCUAAAGCUUUUUUUUACAGUCCACACUACAACACAACACAAAAACAUUCACAAAUGUAUUCAUUUUGGGAGUGUUUUCUCAAAGCUGCGUUUUUGGUGAACACAGUCUUUGUGUGGCCGGAAGGCCAAAGCAGAGAUAAAACGAUUCGUUUCAAAUUAAAUCUGUCAGAUUCGGCCUAAAAAUAUGUCAACUUGACAGUUGGAACAAGUAAUGUUCUAAGUAUGCCAUUUUUAGCAAUGGUUCACUUCUGGUUUAUUGGUCACACUGGCAUUCGAAGGUCAAGUUUAACCUAUUGCAUUGUGGGAUACGGUGCUCACACAGCGCGCUUUGUUACUAAUAUAGCAGGUCGUCUGUGUAUUAUUGAAUACAAAAAACAUCCAUAAUGCUGACGUGAAGUGUAGUAUGCUAGUAUGCUAUUCCAUAGUUUUGGGAAAGACAUGUGGCGAUUUUUUUCCAGCCUGACCACACAUGCGCACACCACCAGAGGGAUAGAAACAUCCUGAAUCUUUAUAAGAACACGUCAACUGCCCUGCCUCUAGGGGGCAGAGUUCUGCGAGCACCAGCCAAACUGAACUAUUCUGAAACAGAAGUUCCUUUUAGAAAUAUCAAGGACCUGGAAUGUACCGAGCGUUUCAUAAGAGGUGCCUACACACACGUGACCUCUGAGUGUGUGUGUCACUGUACACGUAUGCAAUACAUAUGACUUCAUAUGUGUUCGCCAUAAUACAGCAGAUGCUAUAACAGGA